UUUCGGAUUAUCCAGUGGCACAAAAAAGUAUAUUUUCAUUUAAAUGGUGUAUUAAGAUGAAGCAGUGUUUGACAUAUGGGCUGUUUUAUGCAAUAUUUUACAGGCUCGCAAUGUUCAUGAGCAUAGUCUCCCUUUUAGACAGUUCCUUCAAAAGUUUCAAAUGGUGGGUCUUCAUAUUGUCGCUCCUAAAUGGCGCUCUUGCCAUUUUUUGUCUCAUACUCUUAUACCUGCUCUGUGCAAAGGAAUGAGUUAAUAUGUAUACAUUGCUUACAGUCACCAUAUGUGUGAACCGUUACUGCGUGCUCUGGGGCCGGGUGGUGGGAGCUGAUAAACUGAUAGCACUGUUCAGAUUGCACCAGCCCAAUUGGGAAAUCUGUUGUCUUCCUGAAGAGCACAUCAGCGGUGGAGGGGGAGCAGAAUCUGUGAGCCACGGGGAGGGGACAUACAGUGACACAGAACGUGACCCCCCCUUCCCUUUGCAUUUUGAGCUCAGAGUGGCAUUGAUCGACAGGUGUAUAGUUGUGACCCUCAGGAAUAAGCCACAAGGUGUAAUAGACCUCUCCCUCGCUGCAAAGAUAUACCUGUGAAAAAGAGUGCACAAGUGGGGAAGCAUCACUUGAGGCAGCUAUUCAUUGUUGCCAUCAAUGUGAAUCCUGCAUCCAGGAAGUCAGCGAAUCAAGUGUACAGAGAACAUCUGUAUAAGUCAAGUGUUCAGAGAACAUCUUAGAGAAGUGAGGGACCAGGGGACGUGUCAGAGAAUCGAGAAUGUCCCACGGCAGUUAUUAUGAGUAUGAGAAGAGGGGUCAAGGUUCAGCAUAUGCAGCCCGUUUGAGUGGGCCCCAUUCAGAACUUGUAGGGGGCAAUCUUUGUGACCCUGAGACAUCUGUGGAUUUGUCAUCUUACAUGGACACAGGAGAAGAGAUUCUGUCUGAUCUGUUUCCUCUUAAACAGGAUCGGCUUAAAGGCACGUAUCCUUAUAUGCCUCCAGAAGGACUGCCCUCUGCUGCCAUGUAUGGGUAUGCCCCAAGCAAUGCUCCAGAGCGCAGAAUGGGGGGGUAUGAAUCUGGGGGGGUAAUUGUAAAGGAAGAGACCCGUGGAACCCACAGGAGUGUGUGUAACACUCUGCAGUAUCAGGCGGCACAGUGCGCACAGACAGCAAUGCAUCUGCCCUCUCCUCUGGAGGGUGUACAUCCUGCCCUGCGAGUUCUCAAGGGGUCUAUCUCAGGGAUGUUAUCUAGUCCACCUUUAAAAGAUAUGGCAUCAAAGGGUAAGAAGUGUUUGAGUAAAGACAGCCUGGAAUAUCGCCUACGCCGGGAGAGAAAUAAUAUUGCUGUGCGCAAGAGCCGAGACAAAACCAAACGUCGAAACCUGGAGACUCAGCAGCGUGCCCUGGAAUACAUGACAGAAAAUGAGAAACUGCGAAACCGUGUCCAGCAGUUGACCCAGGAGCUCGAUGCGUUGAGGGGUGUAUUUAGACAGAUUCCUGAGGCAGCAGCUCUGAGCAAAGGAUCAGGCGGGUGUAGCUGAUAACCCAAAAAAGAAUGCAGAUUGUUACCUGUUCAUUUGUCAAAACGAGUAUAGGGUAUCCCCACAGUGGUUUUCUAGAGCCCUAUUAUUUAUAUAACAUAGGGCCUUCUAACCCUUGUCCGUUCCGCUGUUGUUCAGCAACAAUUCUUACUAUCCACUGACAAGAUCUGACUGAUUUUGGGUGCUUGGAUUUGUUCUUGAACAAUCACUGAAGGGCCCCAGAUUAGGCAAAACAAAUAUACAGUGUUACACUUCACUAUCUAUGCCCCUUUUUUUGUCUUUAGAAUGCAAACCCGAAAUUUGUUGUAUACAUAUGUUUGCAGGCUGGUCUGGACUGAGAUUUAAAAUAGGCCCUGGCAUUCCAAGUACACAGAGGCCCUAAUUGCCCCCACCAGCCCAAUUAAUAGGGCAUUUUACAGCAGAACCCACAGAUUGCCAGUCCAGGCAGGAAAACACACUCAUGGCAAUCAUACUGUGACAAAUUCCAGGAGCCACUAGAUAGUUCUGUAUAUACAAGUUCUGAGUAACAGCUCUGAAUGAAGAAGAAUAUAUAUGACAUCAUACAGAAUUGCGAGACUCUAGGGAUCACAAUCAUGAAUUCCUGGAACUGUUCCCACAGAUUAGUCAGUUCUCUCUGUUUUCAUGAUGUUUGUGGGUGGGAAUAAAAUAUACUGUAAUGCUUGGGUGUUCAAUAAAAUGGCCAAUAAACAAUG